CCAACAUGAACACCACCGCGAUCAAAAUCACAAUCACCAACAUGGCCGACGAUCACACUCCCAAUACGACGAUCUACCAAGACGCACAUCUAGCCGUCAACCUCACCCUCCGCCCCACCACCCCAGGCCACACCGUCGCGACGCUCACCACGAACCAAACCAACCUCUUCAACCUCCCCCCGCCCACCUUCGUGGAAACCCUCCAAACGCUCCGCACCAUCGCCUCCCACCUCCGCAAGGCAUACAAUGUCCAGCGCUGCGCCCUGAUCACCACGGGGGGAGCGAGCGUCUCGAUCCUCCCGCUCCACGGCCUCACCCCGCAAUGGACCCCGGUCACGCACCCCACCAAGGAAUUCCACCCGCAGUACCCGGGGUACAUCACCUCGAAAGACGCGCCGCCGCUGCCCACGCCGCAGCUCAACACCAUCCGCAGCUCCAUCCUGUUCGCGGCAUCUAAGUCCCCGACCACCUACCACGCCGACCACACCUUCCACGGCCCGGACCCGGACGACGCCAACCUCUUCGCGCGCAUCGUGCGCGGGGAACUCUCCCCGCAGUGGCGGGUCUGGGAGGACGCGCGCCACGUCGCCUUCCUGACGCCGUACCCCAACACCCCCGGGUUCACGGUGGUGGUGCCGCGCGCGCACCUGUCGAGCGACAUCUUCUCGCUGUCGCCCGAGGACUAUGCCGGGCUGGUGGAGGCGGCGCAUGCGGUGGCGAAGCUGCUGAUCCGGGCGUUUGGGAUCGAGCGCUGCGGGAUGAUCUUCGAGGGGUUCGAGAUCGACUACGCGCACGUCAAGCUGGUGCCCAUCCGCGGCGGCGGCGGUGAUGACUACGAUGAGGACGACUACGACCGCUACGGCAUCAGCGAGCCGUUCCAGGAGACCUAUCAGGGGUAUGUCUCCUCCAUGCCGGGGCCGAGGGUGGAGGAUGUAGAGGCGGUGGUGAAGCGGGCGGCGGAGAUACGGGCGUUGAUCGGUUCGGAUUCUUAGCUUCGCUCGUGGGUUAGACGGUGGCCGUUUAUCUAGACCUUGAUUUACCUUGAG